AUGGAUAUCGAUCAAGAUUCUCGAAUUUCCGCCGCAUAUACAACCCGUCUAGAUCAAACCCUAAAAGAUCUUCAAGAUCGAGUCAAAGAGCAAGAAGAGGCACUUGAGAAGGUCGGUUGCAACACCCCUUCCCUUACCAUUUCAAUCCCAAGCUAA